AUGGAGAUCGUGGGGGCCAGUGUCGCAGAGGAUCGGAGGGAAGGGCCGCAGGACAGAGAUGGGCGGUCAGCGUCCAGAGAGAUCCACAGCCUUUGGGCCUCACGAGGCAGCCUUCCGCCCUCCAAGGUCGUUGAUUGGGAGUCCUCUCGGGGGGAAAAAAUCUGGGAUUUGUUGUUGGACCAGGGGAGGGCGCGUGCGGAUGGGGCUCUUGCAGCCAAUGCUGGAACAGGAUUUGCGGUUGCAGAGCCUCAAAUUGCAAUGUUUUGUGGGAAGUUAAAUAUGCAUGUGAACAUUCAGACUGGGAAAUGGGAACCAGAUCCAACAGGCACAAAAAGCUGCUUUGGGACAAAAGAAGAAGUUCUUCAGUACUGUCAAGAGAUGUAUCCAGAGCUGCAGAUCACAAAUGUUAUGGAAGCAAACCAGCCAGUCAGUAUUGACAACUGGUGCCGGAGGGACAAAAAACAGUGCAAGAGUCACAUUGUCAUACCUUUCAAGUGUCUUGUGGGUGAAUUUGUGAGUGACGUUCUGUUGGUCCCGGAGAAGUGCCAGUUUUUCCACAAGGAACGCAUGGAGGUCUGUGAGAACCACCAGCACUGGCACAGCAUGGUCAGGAAGGCCUGCCUGGCCCAGGGAAUGGCCUUGUAUAGUUACGGCAUGCUGCUGCCCUGUGGAGUGGACCAGUUCCAUGGCACUGAGUAUGUGUGCUGCCCUCAGACAAAGAUCAUUGAAUCUGCUGUGUCAAAACAAGAGGAGGAAGAGGAAGAAGAGGAUGAUGAUGAAGAUGAUGACUAUGAUAUUUAUAAAAGUGAAUUUCCUACUGAAGCAGAUUUGGAAGACUUCACAGAAGCAGCCGUUGAUGAGGAUGAUGAGGAUGGGGAGGAGGCUGUGGAAGACCGUGAUUACUACUAUGAUACAUUUAAAGGGGACGACUACAAUGGGGAGAACCCCACUGAGCCCAGCAGCGAUGGGAUGAUUUCAGAGAAGGAAAUUGCUAACGAUGUGAAAGCUGUCUGCUCCCAGGAGGCGAUGACGGGGCCCUGCCGGGCUGUGAUGCCUCGUUGGUACUUCGACCUCUCCAAGGGAAAGUGCGUGCGCUUUAUAUAUGGCGGCUGCGGAGGCAACAGGAACAAUUUUGAGUCUGAGGAUUAUUGUAUGGCUGUGUGUAAAACGAUGAGUAUAGUUUUAUCAUUGUGCCUGCGCCUCAAGGAAAAAACCGGGUUUUUUGUUUUAGUGCCCCCAACUCCUCUGCCAACCAAUGAUGUCGACGUGUAUUUUGAGACCUCCGCGGAUGACAAUGAGCAUGCCCGCUUCCAGAAGGCAAAGGAGCAGCUGGAAAUUCGGCACCGAAACCGCAUGGACAGGGUAAAGAAGGAAUGGGAAGAGGCUGAGCUUCAAGCUAAAAACCUUCCCAAAGCAGAGAGACAGACUCUGAUUCAGCACUUCCAAGCUAUGGUUAAAGCCUUAGAGAAGGAAUCAGCUAGUGAGAAGCAGCAGCUGGUGGAAACUCACCUGGCCCGGGUCGAGGCGAUGCUGAAUGACCGCCGCCGUGUGGCCCUGGAGAACUACCUGGCUGCUCUGCAGUCCGACCCCCCACGGCCUCACCGCAUCCUACAGGCCCUGCGGCGUUAUGUCCGUGCCGAGAACAAGGACCGCCUGCAUACCAUCCGGCACUAUCAGCACGUGCUGGCUGUUGACCCAGAGAAGGCAGCCCAAAUGAAGUCCCAGGUCAUGACACAUCUCCACGUGAUUGAAGAAAGACGGAACCAAAGCCUCUCUCUGCUCUACAAAGUUCCCUACGUAGCUCAAGAGAUUCAGGAAGAAAUUGAUGAGCUGCUUCAGGAGCAGCGGGCUGACAUGGACCAAUUCAGUGCCUCUAUCUCUGAGACUCCUGUGGAUGUGCGGGUGAGCUCCGAAGAAAGCGAUGAAACUCUGCCAUUCCACCCUUUCCACCCCUUCCCAUCCUUACCUGAGAGCGAAGACUCUCAGCCGGAGUUGUACCACCCAGGGAAGAAAGGAUCUGGAGUGGGCGAAAAAGAUGGAGGACUGAUUGGUGCUGAGGAGAAAGUGAUUAACAAUAAGAAUAAAGUGGAUGAGAAUAUGGUCAUUGAUGAGACUCUGGAUGUUAAGGAAGUGAUCUUCAAUGCUGGGAGAGUCGGAGGCCUUGAAGAAGAGCCAGUAGUUGAUCCUAUGCUUACCCCAGAAGAGCGUCACUUGAACAAGAUGCAGAAUCAUGGUUAUGAAAACCCAACCUACAAAUACCUGGAGCAGAUGCAGAUUUAA